GGUCUUAAACCUGUUUAAAUAGCUUUAAAUAGCUAAAUAGCUCUGCACUGCCCCCACUCUGCCUUCUAACGGGGAGUGCCAUAAUGAAAAACGGAUGAAUUUAUUUGGAGAGGCGCCGGAAGCAGCAGGUUGGUGGAGGACAGCAGAGAGGGGAGCACGGAGAGCCAGGGGAUUAUCCCUCGGCUUUCUUUAUGCAUAUUUUUGCCCAGAACAAAAGGAGGGGAAAAAAUAUGGCUUUGACCCAAGAAUCCAUAUUGUCUUUUUUACUGGAACACGGAGGUAAAGUGAAGAACUCGGAGCUGCUGAACAACUUCAGGAGUCAGAUCAACUGCAGCGAUCCCGCGGAAAAGCUGCACAAUAGGGACCUUUUCAAGAAGUUGGUGAACAGCGUCGCCGUGGUCAAACAGAUCGACGAGGUGAAGUUUGUGGUCGUGAAGAAAAGGUACCAGGACUUCGUUAAAGAGGGGACGCACGAUGCCCCGCAGAAAGCGCAGAUGGAUGAGAGUUUCUCGAGCCAAAACACGAGCUUUUCGUACACAUCUCCUCAGCGAGCCGAGGCAGCCAGGAUGAUUUAUGCAGACAUUGAAAACAAUAACACGGGAUAUCCACCGAACAUUAACGGCAAUUAUCAUGGUGAUGCCAAACAUGAGAGUGAGGGGAGCAUGCAGAGAAGAAGACAAGUAUCCAGAAACCUUAGUAGUGCGGACACAACCACUGUCAAAGUCCUGAAUAUCUCCGGGGAUCAUGCGAGCAGAGCGGGCAAAUCUGGAGCUGUGUUCGCUGUCAUAGCAGUAAAAUCCCCACCGAGAGAUUCUGCACCAGCAACACAGGAUGGAUCACAUUCCCAAGUGCAUCAACGUAAAACCUCAGUCACGUUGGGAACUAAAGUUUCUACACCAACAGUGCAAACUCUGAACUUUGCAGCUUGUAAGAAGGAUGCAUUAAGUCAACACCAAAGCAGGAAAACCAGGCAGACAGAGAACAUGCAACCCCCAGGUUUCCCCCAGGUGAGGCCCCAAAACAAGACCACAAGACCAGCAGAUGAUGCCAAGUUCCCCGAGUCUGUGCCUUUGGAGGCAUUAGCUCAUGAGUGGCUGGUGAAGUGUGCUGCUGGGCUGUGGGGACAAGUCUACGCUUUGCUGCUGCAGGACACAAGGUUAGCACAUAGGAAAGACUUCAUGUCAGGGUUCACUGCGCUGCACUGGGCCGCCAAGGACGGCAACAGCAAAAUGAUCCAUAAACUCAUGGAUAUCUCCAAGGAAAGAGGCACUUAUAUCAACAUCAACAGCAGAGCGCAUGGAGGAUACACACCUUUACACAUCGCAGCCAUACACGGACACACAGAGGUGAUGGUUUUGCUCGUGCAAGAAUACGGAGCCAGUGUCAGCGAAAGAGAUAAUGCUGGCAAGAAGGCCUUACACUACCUGAGUGAAGGUGUGUCAGCUGAGAUCAGAGCACUUCUGGGGGGACUGCAGCAGAGCAAGUACAGGGAGAAGGCAGAGGAACAAGAGUACAGAGAGCACCCGAGAGGCUUUAACACCAUCAGUAAACUGUUCCAGCCUCACAUAGGGAAGAAACAAAAGACAACAACUAAGUAUGCUCAUGACUGGUGAGGGUGACAUGGACCACAUGAGGCUGUGAGCUGAAAAAUAUCUAAAUUGUAAGAGAUAAUACUGUCUUGAUUUGUAUAUUAUGUUGAUACAAAACAACUUAAACCAUUGUUAAGUGUGCUUUAGAUAACUUCAAGUCUAUAACUGAAUUACAAAUGUGCAGUGUCUCAGUGUUUGUUGUAAAUUGUAGCUGUCCUGUACAGUGUAUCACUGCUGGAUCUGCUAUUUAUGAAUGGUAUUUAUAAUCUAAUAAUCUUUUUUCUCUUUAGUUUAAUUCCAUGUAUUAACGAUGAAUGUUAUUUUGCACCCAUGUAACUUAUUUAAAUAAGAACACAAACAAUCUAUGAUCUGUGUAUGUUUUCAUUACCUAAUGUGUAAUAAAUCUUUUCAAAUUCUUGA